UGGAGCUUUAAGCCAACCCAAAAAAAAAACAAGCAAGUAUAGUUAAUGUGCUUGUUCUCUUCAAUGUAAACUCUGAUGUUCCCUUUGAGUUUCUGUCUGUUCCUCUUCCCUUGUCAGAAAAAGCCCUCAAAACGGAUACUUGUCGGAAGGAUAGGGAGCUCAAAAACCUCUGAAAGUAAAGAGAUGUUUGCAGGUGAAAAUGGGUUGCAAGGAGACCCACGAUUGAAGGCCAUUAAAGAAUCCAUUAGGGUCGUUCCUCACUUCCCAAAACCAGGAAUAAUGUUUCAAGAUAUAACUACACUGUUGCUUGAUCACAAGGCGUUUAAGCACACUGUGGAUAUCUUUGUUGAUCGUUAUAGAAAUAUGGGCAUCGAUGUGGUGGCGGUGUUUCUCAACAUGGAGAAAGAAACAUUUGCCUUUUUGAUCUAUUUGCAUUAUUUGUUGUGGCUGCUUGAAAAAUCAAAUUACAUUCCAGGAGUAGAGGCGAGAGGAUUUGUAUUUGGCCCUCCAAUUGCCUUGGCUAUAGGUGCUAAAUUUGUUCCUCUACGUAAACCUCGAAAGUUGCCAGGAGAAGUCAUCUCCGAAGCAUACACACUGGAAUAUGGAACAGAUUGUUUAGAGAUACAUGUUGGGGCCGUUCAAACUGGUGAACGAGUUAUAGUCAUUGAUGAUGUGGUGGCUACAGGCGGUACACUUUGUGCAGCAAUAAGACUAUUAGAACGAGUUGGAGCUGAAGUAGUUGAAUGUGCAUGCGUUAUUGGGUUGCGUGAGAUUCAGGGACAAAACAGGCUAAAUGGAACGCCCUUGUAUAUGCUUAUUGAGCCACGCCAGUAAACCAAGACUGUAAACAUGGAGGAAGAGUGUACACGAGACUUUGUUAACUUGCUCUUAAAAUCGAUGUAUUAGAGAAAGUCCUUAUUGAUUUUUUUCUGCGUAAGCCAUCCCCAUCCGUAGAUAUGAAAUUUCACUGUAUAUCUAGAUUUCCUUAGUACAUGAAUAAUAAUGCUUACAAUUCUGGAAAUGGUACACUGCCUUCCUUGGUUCUCUUUUA